UUUCCGAAUAAUUUCCCCUCUCCUCUAUGUCGCCUAUGUCUCACACAGCCUGAAACUAUGUCUCAUUUCCUCUAUGAUUGCCCCCUCAAAUGGCAAGUCUGGUCUACACUAUGGUCUGAUUUCCUGCUUCUUUCACCCACUUCUUCCGCCGUCCAACAAGCCCUAUACUCGUUCUCCUUUCCGCCCUCACCGCCAAUCCUUCCAAGCUCCACCAUAGUCGCCACCAUUCUCUUAGGUAUAUGGAAAGCCCACUGGCACUUCAUCUUCGACAACACUCCUUUCUCUACCGACACCAUCCGACAAUUUGUU